CGGAUAUUGCGGGAUGCCUAAACCACGAUGUUCAGCCACUCCUGAAUCGUAUAGCCAAUUGUAAAAUGGAGAACACAGCCCACUGUCCCCAACGCUAAUGAAGGGAUUAUCCACACGUGCAAGGUUAAGUCGUCUCAAACACGAUUACAUGUAGGUAGGAUCUUAGGCGUUUUUCAACCGUCGAAGUCGCUCGUCUUUGUCGCGUCCCUCCCAUCUUGCUUCCGUCCGUCGUGAAAACACAAAACGUAACCACUAUAACGCCUAUCACGAUACCCACGAUGCUUUCGCAACCAUCUAUAUCUUUACCAUUUUUUCUCCUCCUAAGCUCGCUCCCGUCCAGCUUAGCAACCUGCUACCUCCCAAACGGUACCGAGCACCUCGACUCUGGAACAUCGCGCUGUGCCUCAUCGAUUGACGACCCGCUCUACUAUACAUGCUGCCAGUCUGGAUGGGUCAAUCCACCAGGAGGCGACGUUAAAAAUGGCCCCACGGCGGAUGAGUGCCUGCCGAACGGGCUUUGUCAAAACAGAGGCUUUAGCAGUGUACAAGGACAAGAAGUGCCGGAAUGGACACAUUUCUACAGGGUGAAUUGUGCGAACGAGAACUGGGAAGGAUGCAUAAAUGUUUGCAAAGAUGGCGAUCUUGCGAAUGACAGUGCGCAGAUGACGCCUUGUGACGGGACGCCUACAUCGGAAUUUUGGUGUUGUGGAGAUAGCAACGAGUGUUGUAGUUCUUCGACUAUAUCUACUACUGGCUCGUCGAAGACGAAGAAAAUCAGGAUCCCAAAGCGACUUGGGGAGGAUACAGAGGCGAGCUCUUCCGGUGCGGCAUCGGCACCGGCUUCUUCAGGUGGAUCAAUAGGGCCGAGUUACACGGGUGCUAUUACGGUUGCUUCUACGGGUGCGGAAUCAACGCCGACGUCUGCAUCGCCAUCUGCAUCGACGUCUGCGGCGACAGACCAGUCUGGGCAAACCGAAGGAGAUGAAACAAGCAAGAAGGAGACGUCGCACACAGGACGCAAUGUCGGCGUUGGAGUGGGUGUUGGCGUUGGCGCAGCGGUUUUCUUGGGUCUGAUCGCGGCUAUGUUGAUCCGAAGGAGGCGGAAUCGAAACAAGAUUGACCUUGAAGAUAAGCGGCCGGAAAGCGUUGAGAAGCAGGACGAUAAGAAGGACAAUGGGAAUGUAUAUGCAGUAGCUGAGAUGCAGCAUCAGGAACCGGUAAGUGGAGAUGUCAAUGUGGGAUUUCGAUAUGGAACCCGAAACUGACUUUGAUUUAGGUGUACGAGCUUCACGAUGGAAGCAGAGCUGAUGUAGAAUUGGAUGGCACAAACAAAGUAGUUGGGACUAGAUACGCUUAGUUAGGGAUG